CUUGUUUUUGGCAAAUUCCACACCUUCGCUUGUAACGAAGCUUUCUUUGGGUGGAUUCAAGACCCUAUUUCAACCGCAGUUGAUUUGAAACCCAACAAAAUCGUUGAUAAUGAUGCAUACUCAAUAAAGCAAGUUUAAACCCAAAAUAUAUCCCCUUUAACAGGAGGUGGUGGAUUGGAGGAUCUUCCACCUGCCGACGAUGACGGAGGGCACGGAGAUCGAGCGUACAAUACGGAAUUUGAUUAAGGUGGAAUGGGAUGAUCGAUUUAGUUGGAUAUCACUAAAUUUAGUGAUGAAAUUGGACCAUCGGUUGAUUCUGGACAAUUCAUCAACCAUCCUCUACCUAUUCAACCAUAACAGGAAUCAGAGAAUCAACAAACCCCACCAAUUUCAUUUGUCUUUUUGGGAAUUUUGGAGAAGAAUUUUUAUGGGUUCUUUAUCACUUUCGAAAUCGACAGUACAUACAAACACCAAAACAAACCACAUUAACAUAAUUCUUAAUCGAUUCUUCUCCUUCCCAUUAAUCUCUCUGUAAAAAUGGAUCAAACGAACACCAAAUCUUCCAGCACCAACAAAACGGGCUAUUGUCUUCCAACCAUCUCCAAUCGAUCCGCAAUGGGUGACUUCAAGCGUGUAAAGAGCGCUAAAGAUUUAUUAGUGAGCUCAAGUUCGGAGGAUGGAAGCAAAAGAAAAAAGAAUCCACAGGUGGUGUGCUUCGGAGAACUUUUGAUCGAUUUUGUGCCCACAGUCUCCGGUGUUUCACUGGCGGAGGCUCCGGGAUUCAAGAAAGCUCCCGGCGGUGCUCCGGCGAAUGUUGCAGUUUGUGUAUCAAAAUUGGGAGGAUCUGCAGGUUUUCUUGGCAAGGUUGGGGACGAUGAAUUUGGUCACAUGUUGGCUAACAUCCUCAAAGAAAACAAUGUCGAUAACACAGGAAUGAGAUUUGACAAACAAGCAAGAACCGCAUUGGCAUUUGUAACCCUAAGAUCCGAUGGAGAGCGUGAGUUCAUGUUCUUCCGCCAUCCAAGUGCUGAUAUGCUUCUCACAGAGGCAGAACUUGAUACAGAUUUGAUCAAAAAGUCAACAAUCUUUCACUACGGAUCCAUUAGUUUAAUUGAAGAUCCAUGCAAAUCAGCUCACUUAGCUGCAAUGAAAAUUGCUAAAAAAGCAGGAUGCAUUCUUUCAUAUGAUCCUAAUUUGAGACUACCAUUAUGGCCAUCACCUGAAGCUGCUCGAAAAGGCAUCAUGAGCAUUUGGGAUGAAGCAGAUGUUAUCAAGAUUAGUGAAGAUGAAAUUGUGUUCUUGACUGGAGGUGAUGAUCCCUAUGAUGACAAAGUUGUCUUGACCAAGCUUUUUCACCCAAAUCUUAAGUUGUUGAUUGUCACUGAAGGUCCUAAUGGCUGUAGAUACUACACCAAGGAUUUUCAUGGGAAAGUUGGUGGUGUUAAGGUGAAGUGUGUUGAUACAACGGGUGCAGGUGAUGCUUUUGUUGGAGGACUCCUUCUCAAUUUGGCUGCAAAUACUCAAUUAUUCAAGGAUGAAAAGAAGCUGAGAGAUGCAUUGAGGUUUGCAAAUGUUUGUGGGGCCAUUACAGUUACAGAGAGAGGAGCGAUUCCAUCAUUGCCUUCAAAGGAAGCUGUUCAUAACAAGUUGGAGGAAUCAGAAUCUAAAUAACUCGUAUCAUUUUUUUUUGGUUUGAAAUUAGAAGAAAUGGUUAUUAAACUGUCUUCUACAAGGUAGAAUAUGCUAAGAGAAAAAACAUGAACAAAAAACCGAAAUUUGUCUCAUUAUUUUUCUUA